AUGAUAUUAGAAUUUAGGGUUUCGAAUUCAUUGAUACGGUCGAUACAUCUAAUUGAAUUUGCAGGAGAAAAUCGAAGGACGACAAAGAUGAUCGAGGUGGUGUUGAACGAUCGUUUGGGGAAGAAGGUUCGCGUGAAGUGUAACGGUGAUGACACCAUCGGCGACUUGAAGAAGCUCGUUGCAGCUCAGACGGGCACUCGCGCUGACAAGAUCAGGAUCCAGAAGUGGUACAACAUCUACAAGGAUCAUAUCACUCUCCAGGACUACGAGAUUCACGAUGGCAUGGGCCUCGAACUCUACUACAAUUGA